AUGUCCUUCUCCUCUUUGAGAGCUCGAGCUCGAGCUGGAGCAUCAAUCAGACUGCCGCCGUACAUCCGUUUCGCCGCAAACGGCUUACUACUGGCCGUUCUCACCGUUCCUGGCGUUAUACUGUUGGGGACUUCCAUCCAAGGAAUCGAAAAGGCUUCCGAAGAGAUUAUCGAGACUCUCGUCAAAGCCGCGCCAACCUAUCGAGCGGAAACCUACAACUACUUGAGUAUGUUUGGACUUAUUCUAGAGCCGGGACAAAGAGUUCUCCGGGGAACCGAACGUUUCGCCCAUGAUGUUAGAUUAAUUCAGGUCUUGUAUAUUGUGCAACAUUUACUCAUAGCAACUCUGUAUGUUCCUACCUCAAUAUUUGCUUUGCGAGGGCUACGCAACCAGGUUAUCCCCGAAUGUGCCUUGCAAACAGAGCCUGUUGAAGAUGCACCGCCAAACUACCAGCUCCAGAUCAUGACCCUCAGCAAAACACCUGCGCAAGAAAUGGCGGACCAAGAGAAAGUGAGAAAACGACUAAUAAAACACGCGUUCUUACUUUAUCUUGACACGGUUUUGUACUGUCCACCACUAUUGUACAUGCUUUCAUACAAAGGAAUCAACUUUUUUAAUGAUCCGACAUGGGUCCUGAUAGAGCAACUUGGCACACAUGGACAUACUGCCAUCAUCGGAAACAUCAUCUUGGCAUUACUGAUCAAAAACGCGGUCUAUGCGAACAAAAAAUCCGCAAUCUCCAGUCUUGCCCCGACCGAGAAUCCCUCUGAUCUCCAGCGCAACAAAAAGAAGACAAGAAAUAAGCCAGAUGAAUCCUUUUACGCUUAG